UGUAAGCGCAAUAGAAACUUACUAUAUAUUUAGUAAAAUUAAUUCGUAGCAAGUAUGCAGGCCAUCUAUACAGCAAUUGGAUUAAUGUGCCUUUAUAUCGUCCCCUUAACACAAUCACAGUGGACUCACCCGGAUUGGACUGCACCGCGUCAGGAAGUUGUUGCUUGCCGCACACCACUUAACGAUUUGGGACAAUGUGUGUCGCUAAAGAAAUGCCCCGAGGUACUGGAAUUGUUUAAGAGAGUGCCGUUUAACCAGGCAACGGAGUACUCUAGAGAGUUGAAUAGACGUUGUUUUAGCAGAAACACCGAAGACAAUUACCCGAUUGUCUGUUGCACCCAUGCUUCAGCAACGACAACAGCAUCUUCCGUUCCGGUUUCUGUGACCCAGCCGGUCGUGACGACAACCCCAAGAACAGUCCCAGCGUCCACCACGGAAUGGAUAGACUUGGUUCUGAAGAUCACUGGCGAGCCAUGCGUAGGGCCAAAUGCAGAGCGCGGUUACUGUAGACCGUUGGCGAAUUGUACGCAGCUUCUUGAGCCCCUGCAACAAAAUACCCGAAACGAAACGCUGAAGGCCUACAUACGAGCCUCGCAUGACAAGUGCGGUUUCGCGGAUACUGAUGUCUGCUGUCCCAGCUCAGCGGCGACCAGAAGCACCAGCCCUGGACAAAGUUCCGGUGCGAUGGUUUCUAUGCCGACAGAGGAAGAUGGCUGUGGAAUAUCACAGCAGCCGCUGAAGAAGAUCGUUGGCGGGGAGGAUAGCGCUCCAGGUCGUUGGCCCUGGGCCGUAUUACUUGGCUAUAACAUCCGCGAGGCACAAACUUUCCGCUGUGGCGGCACUCUCAUUACAGCCAAGCACGUUGUAACGGCUGCCCAUUGCUUAGAGGAUUCAUUAUCGUUUGUGCGCCUGGGGGAGUUCGAUUUGACCUCCGAAACGGAUUCAAGCCAUGUGGAUAUAUCCAUUGAAAAGGUUGUGGGCCAUCCAGAUUUUCGCAGACUCCGCGAUAAACGACAUGAUGUGGCGGUUGUGUAUUUGGAGCGUACUGUACAGUUCACGGAUCUUAUUGUACCUAUUUGUCUGCCAAGGAAAGACUUGCGCACCAAGAGCUAUAUUGAUCACACUCCAUUUCUGGUUGGAUGGGGGAAAACACAAGUAGGCGGAAAAGGCUCCAAUGUUCUUCAAGAGCUUCAAAUAGUGGUUUUCAAUAAUUCCGUAUGUCAGAACGCAUACAAAUUGCGAAACAAAUUUGUCCGGGACGAACAGUUUGACGAGACGGUGUUAUGUGCCGGUAAUUUGGCAGGUGGUAAGGACUCGUGCCAAGGUGACAGCGGUGGACCACUGAUGAUGCCAGAGUACUAUAAAGGAUAUACAGUCCAUUACUAUCUGAUAGGCGUGGUUUCUUAUGGCAUUGGCUGUGGCCUGCCUGGUGUGCCGGGCAUCUAUACCAGUGUGCAGCAUUUCAUGGAUUGGAUUGAGGCGCGAGUUGCCGAGACAGGGCACGCUCUAGUCCAGCAGUUUGAUAACGUCCGUCAAGCCGACAACAUCGUUGGCAUCGCGUUACGCAUUGUGAAUCGCGUCGUUGUCGUCCCAACUGAUUUCGUACUCGAUUUCUUAGAGUGUUGUGAUAGAUCAAACAUGAAGUUACUUAUAUUUAUAGCUACUCUAACAUGCAUUGCAACGCCCGCGCUUGCCCAACAACCUAAUCGUAGGCAAGUUCGUCAAAACUGUGUCACUCCCGAAAACUAUUAUGGCAACUGUGUGGGUCUUAGCUACUGCCCCCAGGUUGCCAACAUAUUUGAGGUGGCCAAUCGGCAGGUGGCGGAACGCUACGUCCUUGCUUUGCAGCGCAACUGUGGCACUCGCAGUGUAAACGGGGACCCCUUGGUGUGCUGUACUAGACCGAGUAAUCCGGUUACACAGAGACCGAAUCCUUUCUUUCCAACAGAGCGACCAUUCGUUAAUCCGACGAGAAACCCGAACCGCAAUCCAUUCUUGCCGGACCGACCCUCCCCCACCCAAGUCAUUCCCACGACAGCUCCCAACCGCAAUCCAUUCUUGCCGGACCUGCCUCCUUCAACAACUACAACAACGACAAGAAGGACAACAACGACCACAACAACACGUGCUCCAAUAACUUCAGCACCGUUGGUCGAAGCUCGCGGUCCUUUCUGCCGUGGACCAGAUACCAGAGCUGGGGAGUGUGUGGAUAUCAGAAGCUGUGAUACCCUGCUAGAUGAGCUGCGCCUUAAGCAGACCGAUCCAAAUUUCGCCAAAUUUCUGCAGGCUUCUAAUCGGGUCUGUGGCGGAGCUGGCUCGACAGUAUGUUGCCCUACGGGUGAAGUGGCUCCCACAUCGGCGCCUGGAAUGAGACCAAGAAAUACGAAUGAAAUUCCGCGCAGACUGUUGACCGUUGAAGAAGGCUGUGGAUACACUCUGAACUCUUACAAGAAGAUCGUGGGCGGGGAGGUGAGCAAAAAGGGUGCCUGGCCAUGGAUUGCGUUGCUCGGAUACGAUGAUGGCUCAGGGUCGCCCUUUAAGUGUGGCGGCACAUUGAUCACAGCUCGCCACAUCGUCACAGCGGCUCAUUGCAUACGCCCCGACCUAACGUUUGUGCGUCUGGGCGAACACGAUUUAGGAACAGACACGGAAGCACGUCAUGUUGAUAUUAAUGUGGCUAGGUAUGAGUCACAUCCCGAAUACAAUAGACGUAAUGGGCGUAGCGACAUCGCCCUAUUGUAUUUGGAACGGAAUGUUGAGUUCACGGACUCAAUUGCGCCCAUUUGCAUGCCCAACACCCCACAGCUGCGCCAGAAGUCCUAUGUCAACUAUAUGCCCUUUGUCGUAGGCUGGGGAAAGACUAUGGAGGGUGGUGAAUCGGCACAGGUGUUGCAGGAGCUGCAGAUCCCAAUCUAUCCCAAUGAAGUGUGCCGCAGUAGCUACGAGAAGGCUCAGCGCCUCUUCACCGCCGAUCAAUUUGAUGCCGCGAUUGUCUGCGCUGGAGUUCUGACGGGUGGCAAGGAUACGUGCCAAGGUGACUCCGGUGGCCCCUUAAUGAUUCCUGAGGAAUUCCAAAAUGGAGUGCGGUUCUAUCUGAUAGGUGUGGUUUCCUAUGGCAUUGGCUGUGCCCGUCCCGAUGUUCCUGGCGUAUACACCAGCACACAGUACUUCAUCGACUGGAUUACAGAGAAGGUGCAAAACACGCAAUGAGCAUUUAUCUAGUCCUUUAAUGCCCUCACUCUCUCUUUUUAAGUUGUAAGCUAUAAACUUGUAAAAAAAAACUAAAAUUCACUCAAUUGCUCUAAGCA